GUUUCCUGUUCCCUCUGGAGAGAGUUCAGUGCAUGUGGGCACAGCUGUCACUCAUUAGGAGCGUCACCUCCACACCUCAUUCUAAUGAGCACACUGUGACUCACUAAAGAAUACAAGAAAAAUGAACUCCUUCCAGUUUUCCUCCAUGUGUUUGAUCCUGGUGACGCAGGUCAUAUCGUUUGGACACACGGAUGAUACACAAUUUUCUAUUUGUUGGAUGAGUAAGAACGAGGCUCUGGAAAGACACAAUGGAAACCUCUGGCUGAAUAGGACGACCCUGAAGUCCAUAAGGAGGGGGGGUAGAGUAAACUCCCUGACGGUGCACCCAGCUGUAGCAAACAAGCUCACCCUGAAGUAUGGAGGCACCAUUCACGCAUGGACUUUAACUAUCUCUCCUAGUAUAAGGCUCAACAAAAUCAAAGGUCUGCCCAGACCCCUGAGGCAACCAACAAAUGCCACUGAGAGCUUCCUGGACUCGAUGAGUCCCACUGACGUGUUUGCAUGUGAAAACGGAACAGUGUUCUUCUACCAGGGUGAAGACUUCUUUCUCGCUGCUGGCCACACUCUGCGUCUCCCUGUCAAGAUUGAGUCCAGGAGCUCCUCUAUGCUGCUGCUCUCCUGGUUGGAGAACAGUCUACAUACCAACGACAGCCACACUGUGACCCUGUACCGCACUGAUCCCACCUCCUAUGCCAUAAUCGGCAUGGACUCUACUCGACUGGACCACUACCAGCUCAUAGCUCUGGACUCCUGCAGCCCCUAUGUGGCCUGUGUGGAGAUUGCAGGCUCUGCCUCCUUCACCUGCCUCUCUGCUCUCACUGACCCAGACAUUCCCAAAGACUUUGAGGUGAUGUCAUGGAACAGCAGCAGCAUAUCGUUGACGUGGGACUGUCCCGAGAACCUCAAGUACUCUCUCUUCCUCCUGACCACCUUCUACCUAAACGGCACCGACCACGUCACAGAGGAGGAGCGCCUCUGGUUAAAGGAGGACGGCUUUGCGUUCACCCUGUCCGGCCUGCAGCCCUGCAGCAGGGUCAGGUUUGGCCUACAGACCGUUUGCCAGUUAGGGGUGGAGUCCCACUACAGCGAGAUGAUCCUGAAUGAUGGAAACUCUGUCUACUCCAACAUCUGGGCCUUGAGUCAGUCUUCGUUUGGCCCCGACAACUACACCCUGAGCUGGGAGGUGACGAACGCCUCGUUCAUCUCCAGGUUCAGAGUUUACAACGAUGAGGCGCUGCACGGCACCACACUCGAGACCAACUACACUGUCGGGGGGCUGUUGUCAUGCCAACAGUACGAGGCCAAGGUGGAGGCGCUGUGUGGAGAAGCUGUGCUCAUGAGCACCAAGACGGUCACUGCACACACAGGACCUCAUGGUGUGUCUGAGCUCUCGUUCCGCUCUAACGACUCCACCGCCGUGUGGACGCCCGGCACCUCCCAACAGUCGGCUGUGGCCUUCCUGUACGAGCUGUCUUUGGAGAACGGCACCGCCAUCCAGAGCAGCCGAGUGGCCGACGCCGAGCUGCGCCUCCCCAGGCUGGACGAGGGGAAGACCUACGUCCUGGAAGUGUGGGAGGAAUGUGACGGAGAGUGGGAGUCCGAACAUUCUCAGCUGUGUUUCCAGGGAGCCAAUUCCUCUCUAGGGUUCCUUCUGAGGUCCGCUGGAGCUGCUGGGCCUGGUCAGGACCUAGAGCUGGAGUUCGACUUUUACAGCUUAGGUCUCGUGAUGGUGGUUCCCUGGUCCCUGCCUGAGGAUCUCGAGGAUGAGGCCUCAGAGCCAAGAGAGAAAAUGAAGAAGAUCUUCAAAGAUAAGCUGCUGGAGCUGUUGAAAGAUUUCGACCAUCCGGCGCGUGUGGAGCUGGCCACCGUUGAACCUGCAGAGGAUCCAGACAAAACAGAGAUUCUGUUCAUGUCCUUUGACGCUUCUCAAACGGACGAGGACGUGCCCCUUCCUGUGGACGACCAGCUGGAUCACAUUCGCGCUCUGAAUGCGACCAACAUCACAGUCAGAGAUGGGGUCAUUCACUGGGACGGUCAAGAUCUGUGUUCCGCCUCCAAACACAAAGUGUGUCCCCGCAAUUCUCUGUGCAUCAACACUCUGGGCUCAUUCACCUGUGUGUGCAAACAUGGAUUCUAUGAUGUGAGGGCUGUCAGCAAACCUUGGGUGGCUUCAAAACCAAUCUGCAAUGAAAAUGGCCUUUUCAGCCACUGUCUGGACAAACUCAUGUCUGGUGGAAUAGCGAAACCCUACCUGACCUCUUACAUCGGAGGAAAGGUCGACGUGAGGCUGAACGACGGGCGCUGCUCUGUGGACGAGAGCGAGACGUUCUAUUACUUUCGCACCUCACGGAAAUCGUCUCAAUGUGGAACAGAGAGGCGGGUGAACAAAACCCACAUCGAAUACCAAAACACUUUGAUGGUGACCUUGACCAAAGAGGAGAAGAUUAGCCGGCGGGACCUAAAGGUUGUCUGGAGGUGUGUCUAUCCUCGACAUUAUAUUCGCAACGCACAAGUCGGCGUGGAUAUGGAGUGGCUCUCCUCUCACUCCCUCGUGGAGUUCAACUCGUCACUGCAGCUGUAUCUGACCAUGACCCUGUUCACUACUGAGUCAUACACAAACCGCUACACUGCUAUUAUAUCCCUGGAGCCUGAGGACGUACUGUUCUUCCAGGUGGCUCUGCAGACCAACAACACGUUCGCUUCGGAUGUGCUGCUGCAGGUGGAGUCGUGCUGGGCCACCGAGAGCACCGACCCACAGGACGCUGUCCAGGGUUUUCUGCUGCAGGAUGGCUGUCCCGUUGACAACACGCUCUACUGGCUCUCCGUUAACGGCCGGGAACAGAGGAGCAGAUUUUCUGUGCAGAUGUUCACCAUGCCCAAAGGGUUGCACAUCUAUAUUCACUGCCUGGCCAACAUAUGUGCUCACGAUCAAGACUGUACAAAGAAUUGCAGCAGCCAGCCGCGCAGCAAGAGGUCCGUGAUCCAGAUGAACAGGAAGGGGAAACCUGCCACUGUAGUGUCUGCAGGACCUCUGCUGGUCAACAAUAGAGCGAUGUCAGGAGACCGUUCGUCUCACUGGAUGGAGCACAUGAAGAUGAUCUUCAUUGUGGGCGGAUUAAUGGGCUUUUUGGGCAUCGCCAUGCUCUCAGUGAUUGCAAUCAAGGCCAUCAUGACUUAUUAUAAACCGCUUCAGCAGCAAUAAAAUACUUUCAACAUCUUCA